GUCCUAGAGUCCGCCGGAAUCCUCCAGAACAUCAAAAGAGUUGCCGGUGUGAGUGCGGGAGCCAUCACUGCGACGUUCGUGGCGCUGGGACUCAGCUGUGCGGAUGUGGCACAGCAGGCUGAGGUGGACAUGGGCAAGAUCCUCAUUUCCGGAGGAUACAUGCAGACCCUGAUCAAGCCCCUCAACCUGUACUGUCGGUAUGGGUGGGAGACAGGUGACGGCUUCUACAAGUUCUUUGGAGGCAUCCUUGAGAAGUUCACACGUAAGGAUGGCAAGCCUGGGAACCCGGAUAUCACUUUCAAACAGCUGUACAGCAUGAGUGGGAUAGAACUCUGCAUUGUGGUGACGAACUUGGACCAGAUGACAGAAGAAUACUGCCACGUCAAAACCACCCCGAACUUCCCCAUCCGCAAGGCAGUCAGGAUGUCCAUGUCUAUUCCAGGACUGUUCGAGCCAGUGCUGACUGACUACCACGGAAGCAAAGAGUUAUACGUCGAUGGAGGUGUGAUCUGUAACUACCCACUCCACUCUUUUGAUGGUUGGUGGCUUUCCAUGGAGGAGGAAGAUUCGUUCUUCAGCAGAUUGGAUGAUCUAGCCCAUCUCAGUAAGAGCAUGCAUCGUUCCAACCGCUUCGAGCCCGUCAACCCGAAAACCAUUGGGCUCAUGUUGUACUCUGACGACGACAUUGAGCAGCACCAGCAAGUUCUCUCUGACCGUCUGACGCAGGCGGAAAGACUGUAUGAAAAGAAACGUCCUGAUACUGAGGCAGCAAGGGCAUACGAAGACAAGAGGUCCGUUGAAACAGUCAAAGCCAUGGAGAACAGAAAGAAGAUUCGGAACCUCAUCGACAAACUUCUGACCAGUCUGAAGGCCCAAAACAUAGAGGACACCUCGACUAUCAGUAGGGAGGAACUGCACAGGGCUUUUGCGGAGGCAGGGAACAAGUCUCUGACUGACAAAGAAAAGAAGAAACUCUUCGGGAAGGAAUAUGCAAACAACGUAGACCAACUAUUCGAUCAAAUGGACGCUGACAAAGACGGAAAGCUGACCUUCCAAGAGAUUCACCAGUUCUUCACCAAUAGAGGAUUCCGCUGGCUGACUCGAGGUAUGGAGAUCAAGAGAGAGCACGUCUCAAGUCUUGCGGACUACACCCUGAAGUACAUGGAUCUCCUUAGCUUUCUCGGGAAGAAAAUCUACCACAAGGUUGAUGACAUGGAGAGGACCAUUGGAGUGGAUAGUGACUACGUGAAGACAACAGAUUUUCAGCUGGAGGACGAGGAUAAGAUCCACCUCUUCAAGAAUGGAGCCACCGGUGCUCGAGCCUUCCUGCGGACGUACAUCGCAAAGAACGAUCUGAAACCCACGAGGAACAACGCCAAACGCCGCUGGAAGAGCCUACGGCACCGCGUUCUGUUUACUUCACGGGUUAAAAAAGUCCCCGUGCCAGAAACCCCAUCUACAAACGAUGGUUAAGUUGACAUUGAAGCC